AUGUCUUUAGCGAACUUAUUGCCACCAAUGACCAAAUCCUGGGCCGACGAAGCCAACGACGAAUUCGGAGAGCAAUCCAUCGAUGCUCCACCUACUAUACACUUUGUCGAUACAUCUAAAUUUGAUAAAGACACAUUCAUGGGAGAAGCAUCUGAUUUCAGAGACUAUGAGACUAUAGAUUUCUCCGACGACGAAUAUACUAUCGAAUCGUACGACUACGCAUUGAAAUUUGAGACAAUGUUGAACGCCGAUAGCAUUGCAGUAGUUACCGCUCCUGAAGAAGUCAUCUCGCCCAAGAAGAGAAAACUGGGUGCAUCUAUGACAUCUAGAAUUCCUAGAGCAGUAUCCUACUUCGCCCAAGAAUCAUAUACAGACACAUUUCUGGAUACCAUUCCUGAAAUCGAAGAAUCGAAGGAUCAAGAUCAAAACCAAACUACGGCAGUCACAGAAUUUACUCUUCAUAACUGGCAGGGCGAUAUUCCUGUUGUAGUGGAUGAUUGUGAUUCAGGCAUUGGGUCGGCUCACAGCGCUCCUGAGCUUGGUGGCUUCGAUUGUUGGGAUAGUGAUUCGUGCUACAGUUCUCAUACCGAGCUCGAGGAGGUUGAAGAAGAGGUUCGAAUUGAUCACCCAUUGAUGGGGAAAGGCGUGGUUCGUAUUCAAGUGUCCUUCACGGCAGUAAAGGCCAGUGACUAUGAAGCUCAUCCUACAAAAGUGUUCUAUCGUAGUUCGGAACCAACAACCUGGGGGUGGACACCAUCAAAUUUAAGGCACUGCCAGACAGUCAUUCGUGAAGAAGGAUCUAGAUGUUAUAUUUAG